AUGGGUAGGCUCUUCGUGGUCGGCGGCGGCACCCAGGCGACGGCCACCCCCUCUGAGAGGCACCAUCCGACGUACCGUGGGGUACGGUCCAGGAGCGGCAAGUGGGUCUCGGAGAUCCGCGAGCCACGCAAGACGACGCGCAUUUGGCUCGGCACGUACCCGUCGGCCGAGAUGGCGGCGGUGGCCUACGACGUCGCAGCACUUGCACUCAAAGGGGGCGACGCGAUUCUCAACUUCCCCGAUAGCAUCUCGUCUCGCCCAGUGCCGGCGUCCACUUCUCCUUCGGACAUCCGAUCGGCGGCCGCUGCGGCUGCGGCCGGCUUGGUACACCCAAAGGUGGAGACGGCAGAGGAACCUGCAGCGGAGGAGCAAGCCAGGAGCCCACCAGGACAGGCGAGCGAUCAGUUCGUGGACGAGGAGGAGAUGUUUAACUUGCCCCAUCUCUUAGAGAGCAUGGCUCACGGGAUGCUGAUGAGCCCCCCUCUGCUCAGCCCCGCUACACACUCCGAUGACUCCCCCGAUGUCUCCGACUGCGAGAGCCUAUGGAGCUACCCCUGA